UAUUAUAUAUACGUAAACACAAUUGUUUAUUCAUGAUUGUGUAUAUAUGAGGUGAAUGGUGUAGGGGAUGAUUAUGCUUACACUUUCGGCUUCACUGGACACGUUACGCCCUCUUAAAUGCACUGUUUGGCCAUGCAAAGUGGCAAGCCAAGGCCAAACCGCGUUCCUCUACGGUGCACUUGCCCUCAUUGCUUUGGGCACGGGUGGAAUAAAGCCUUGUGUGUCGUCCUUUGGGGGUGACCAAUUUGACGAGGGAGAUGAGAAAGAAGUCCAGAUGAAGUUCGGUUUCUUCAACUGGUUCUUCUUGGCCAUCAACAUGGGUGCCAUCCUUGGAAUCACGCUACUCGUUUACAUACAAGACGUCGCAGGGUUUGGUUGGGGUUUUGGAAUACCCGCUGCUGCCACCAUCUGUUCUAUCCUUAUCCUACUUGCUGGUGUCAAGUAUUACCGUUUCAAAAAGCCAUUGGGAAGCCCUUUCACUAGGUUUCUUCAGGUUAUAGUAGCCUCCCUCAGGAAUCAUCUAAACGGUGUCAAGGAAACUCGCCUCUACGAGGUCCAAACCACGCACUCAGAUAUUCCGGGCGCUCGCAAGCUUCCUCACACCGCACAAUACAGGUUUUUUGACAAAGCAGCAGUUAUGACGAACGCUGAGGAGAAAAGCAAUCGAUGGCGUACAUGCACGGUGACACAAGUAGAAGAAUUCAAAUCCUUCAUUCGAGUCCUUCCGGUGUGGGCUUCCACCAUCGCUCUCUCCGUGUCCUACGCUCAGCUCUCAACGUUCUUCCUAAGCCAAGCCAGAAUCAUGGAGCGAACACUCGGGGGCUUCAAAAUCCCCACAGGUUCUGUCCCCGUGUUCAGCGCCAUCACCCUCGUGCUGGUACCCAUCUACGAGAAACUGGCGGUGCCCUUUCUACGCAGCCUCACCGGGCACCAGCGCGGCAUCACGUCGUUGCAACGAAUGGGAGUGGGGCUAUUGGUCUCGAUCUUCGCCAUGGCUUCGGCUGCGUUGGUCGAAAACAAAAGACGCGCGCAGGAGUCGGUGAGGAUGAGCGUGUUCUGGUUGCUUCCUCAGUUCUUUCUGAUGGGUGCUGCUGAAGUUUUCACCUAUGUGGGACAGCUGGAGUUCUUCUACGAUGAAGCGACGGAUGGGACGAGGAGCAUUAGCAGUGCGAUGUUUUUGUGUGAGAUUGGGAUUGGAAGCUGGUUGAGCAGUGCGCUGGUGAAGAUCAUUGAGGGUGCGAGUGGUGGACAAGGCAAAGGGUGGUUGAGGAACCAUCUUGCUGAGAGUAGGUUGGACUACUUUUAUUGGGUGUUGACGGCCAUCAAUGUCGUUAAUUUCUUGGUUUACUUGGCGGUGGCGUAUUGUCACAGAGGGAAAGGAGCACUUGUGAUGGAUGAGGCCAUGGUUGAAUUCACUCAGCCAGACACAGGGAACCACCAACGAGAAUUACCAAGUACCGUUUUCUGA